CGUAGAGUCUGCGAUAACGCAGCUCGCGUACGUACAGCGUCUAUCGGGACGCUAAAGUUUCCCGCUGGGCUGCUGGUGGUGACGCACUCAGCGUUCCCAUACUGGCCCGCCCGCCUUCACGCGAAGGCCCCCAAAGGUACCGUCAUUAGCUUCGGAGGUGCGUCGUGCGCUUGGGUUCAUCAGAGAGCGCUCGUUCAUCAAAUAUCACGCAUUCGACUGGGCUACCGCGCUCCUGCGCCAUGCGUCCGCUACCGCUUCUGAGCACGGGCUGCCUCCUUUUGCUAGCCCUGGCAGCGCCGUCGACGGGGCGCUACGCGCCGGACUGGAACUCUUUGGACACGAGACCGACCCCCGCGUGGUACGACGAGGCCAAGAUCGGCAUCUUCCUGCACUGGGGCCUCUUCUCGGUGCCCAGUUUCGGCAGCGAGUGGUUCUGGUGGCACUGGCAGGGAGCCAAGAUUCCGGCCUACCGCGAGUUCAUGGAGCGCAACUACCGGCCGGGUUUCACCUACCAGGACUUCGCGCCGCAGUUCAAGGCCGAGUUCUUCGACCCGGACCGCUGGGCGGGGAUCUUCAAGAAGGCGGGCGCCCGCUACGUGGUGCUGACCAGCAAGCACCACGAGGGCUUCACCCUGUGGCCCUCGGCGGUGUCGUGGAACUGGAACGCGGGAGACGUGGGGCCUCGACGCGACCUGGUGGGCGACCUCGCGCGAGCCGUGAGGAAGAAGGGCGGCCUCCGGUUCGGGCUCUACCACUCGCUCUACGAGUGGUUCAACCCGCUCUACCUGGCCGACAAAGAGGCUGGUUUCGAGACGAACGACUUCGUCGCCCGGAAGACGAUGCCCGAACUGGUCGAAAUAGUGACCACGUACCGUCCCGAGAUCAUCUGGUCUGACGGUGACUGGGAGGCCCCGGACACCUACUGGAACAGCACCCAGUUCCUCGCCUGGCUCUACAACGACAGUCCCGUCAGGGACACGGUGCUGGUCAACGACCGGUGGGGCAAAGGAACGCCGUGCAAGCACGGCGACUUCUACAACUGCAAGGACCACUACGACCCGGGAACGCUCGUCGAGCACAAGUGGGAGAAUGCCAUGACCGUGGACAAGGACUCGUGGGGUUACCGGAGGAACGCCCGCCUGUCCGACUACCACACCAUCGAGGAACUCCUCGCCGAACUGGCCUCCACGGUGAGCUGCAACGGCAACUUCCUGCUCAACGUGGGACCUACCAGCGACGGCGUCAUCCAUCCGGCGUUCGAAGAGCGUCUCACGCAGAUGGGCACGUGGCUCGACGUGAACGGCGAGGCCAUCUACGGGUCUCGGCCUUGGAGAAGCCAGAACGACACCGUCACUCCAGGGGUGUGGUACACGUCCAAGAACGACACCGUCUACGCGAUCGUGCUCAAGUGGCCCAAGAACAACAAGCUCGCCCUGGGAUCUCUGUCGCUGCGCAAGGGAGCCACGGUCUCCAUGCUGGGCCUAGACGGCUACGAUCUCACUCCGUACAGUGCGGUCACGCCCGAGAACUGGAGAAACGCGGGUCUGACGGUGAUCACGUUCCCUCUGCUCACGCCGGAUGUCUUGCCUACGCCUUGGGCCUGGGUGCUCAAGAUCCAAGGCGCGUUGUAGGGGAGACAGUGUCGACGGGUAAACUGUUUCGGCGAUUAAUUCGAGUACCUUCCGAUACUUAUACAACGGCAAUAACCAUUGCGAACUCAUUGUGACGUAUACUGCAGGUACAGUGAGCCCUAAAAAUUUGCGUGGUAGCGCGGGAAUUCAUGUGACAGUCAGCUAUACCUUCGAAUAUUAUCGUGUUAUUAACCUCAACUCACGCUUUACCAACUGUGGUAGAAAAAUAAUGAAAGAAAGCGUUUAAUUUUGAAUAAGCAGAAGUCAACGAAAACCGCUGUUUUUCUAGUGUUUCCUUAUGCGUAAUACAGUAUCAAAAGCUGUACAGAA